CGCUUCCCAUCCGCCAUCUUGACACACGUGGCAAGUGAUACACCACACAUGCGCAAUAGCUGUUGACAACAUGGCGGAUGGCUGGACAACAAUUGCGCUUUUUUGUGAGAAUAUUCUUUAAUACACUCCUUCAAGUUUACUUUAUUUUAUUUUAAGGYAUUUUUAGGCGCUUUAUGAGCGCGUUUUUUAUAAGAUGWGUAAUUGGUUAGGUUUUUGUUUUUMGGGGGUUCUUUUUGCUGGAUUUAUCGAGCCGAUUGGAAGCAAAACUGUGGAAGGGUUUCUGAGUUCCAGAGAAGCUCGCUUCGAUAGAGGACAAUAUCUCACGAAAUUUAGUUUUUACGGUGAAGCAAUGUUCAAGUUUACACUCAAUGAAACCACCAAUGGCAAAUUGUAUUUUUAUGUUGAUGAGAAGUGGACCAGCUUGAGCUCAAAUACACCCUGUAAAGAAAAGUUAGCCAUGGCACAAUAUUCUCACAUGCUGUCAGGAAAAUCUGGUGAUGUUGCCUUUGAACAAUGGGGACAUCCUUAUAUAUGGCACAUAGUUUAUGCAGACAAUGUAUCUUGUGAUCCAAGCCAAAGUGUCUACAAUGACAAAAAAUUCACAUUAGAACUGUAUAACCCUGACUCCAAAGGAAAUCCGACAAAUCACUUUAGUUAUGAUGAAAGUGGACUCUUGUCAUUUUACGAGUUACUAGGUUUCCUGUAUUUUGCUGGAAUCAUUAUCUAUGGCCAGAGACUUUGGCAGACAAUCCAGAAGGGUGGACCAAUGAACCUGGUUAUAAAAAUCCUGACUAAAGCAAUGAUAUACCAUGGAUCUGCWGUUUGCUUGACACUUAUUCAUUUCUUCAGAUAUUCUGGUGAUGGUAUAGGUUUUACUUGGCUUUCUAAAAUUGCCACAAUGAUGAAAGGACUGGCUGAUUAUGAGAUGAUGUCAAUGAUGUGCAGGCUGUGCAUUGGAUACACUCUAACUUCCUCYUCAUCCACAGUGGACCCAAACAUCAUAAAACAAAUGACUAUAGGAGUAGCACUUGUUGUUAUUUUUAAGAUAAUUUUAGAUGUAUGGGAACUAGUAGUUAUAUGUACAAUAGUUCAGCUUGUGAUAGCUGCUGGAUUUAGCUUUGUAAUCACUAGAAAAAUUACUGAAGAACGAAGUACAUUACGUAGAGAGUUUUAUAGUAAAUUUAUGAAGAGUUGUCUGCUAUGGCUUCUUGCUUACCCUUGUUUAUUAAUAUUUUCAUUGUUAUUUUCUGUCUAUAUGCGAUACAAGAUUAUUACCUGGGGUUUACUGACUGCUCAAACAGCAUCCAUCUUGUGGUUGUACAAUCUAUUCUUGUCUCGUAGUCUAUAUUGGGAAGUAUCGUCARUGUCAGCWUCAACUCUUCCUCUUCGUCAUGACAGAGGGUUUGGAGGAAAGAGUUAUAAUUCAGAAAAAAGAACUGUUGGAAUUCACAAAUCUGUUUCCAUCAAUAAAUAUUAGAGAAAUAUUUUUUAUAUGUAUGUAUUAGCCUUUUGACGGUAAUAAUUGCUUUAAAUAUUGUAAGUGAAAAAUCUGAAGUUCAAAAUAAAAUUAUCUUUAACUUAA